AUGAAUCAAAAUGGUGUUCAUCUUGUUGAUCUUCCUAGUGAAAUAUUAUUUGUUAUUUUAAAAAAACUUGACAAUAUUGAUGUUCUUUACUCUUUACUUGGUAUCAACAAUCAGCGACUUGACAUUAUGGCACAAGGACAAAUCUUCAGUAACACCCUUAAUUUUGUUUCCAUAUCACAAUCAAUUGAUGAGAUUUCUUCAAUUUCUGAUCUAAUACUCGAUCGAUUUUGUAAUAAUAUACUACCAAGAAUUCAUAUAAAUGUCGAAUGUCUCAUUCUUGAUUCCAUUUCGAUGGAAUGUAUCCUUCGUGAUGGUAACUAUCCUAAUCUUACUGAACUUAAACUUUAUAAUUUUAAUAAAGCAAUGGUUUAG